AUGUACCGAAUAGGCGUUGACGUCGGUGGAACAAACACCGACGCUGCCAUUCUUGAUACCAAUGCUCUAGAGAGCGAUUCGCGAGGUGUCCUCGCUACGUGCAAGACAGCGACAACGACACAUGUAACUCUCGGGAUUCAGUCUGCAAUCAAGGAAGUCCUUGCCAAAUCCAAUGUCGACAGGAGCAAAGUCCUGAAUGUCGCGAUCGGCACUACGCAUUUCGUAAACGCGGUGGUUGAGAACGAUGCGAGACGACUUAGUCGAGUCGCCGUCGUGAGACUAUGUGGUCCGUACACCAGGAAGAUACCUCCUUUCUCCGACUUUCCCUAUGCGCUGAGGAAUAUCAUUGAAGGUCCGAUCUUCUACCUCGAUGGUGGACUUGAGAUUGAUGGUCGAGAGAUAUCUAAUCUCAAACCUGACCAGAUCAAGGAGGCAGCGUCGGCCAUUUUGGCAGCUGGGAUACAGUAUGUCGCUGUGGUCGGUGUAUUUUCCGCUCUCGACCAGAAAUGCUUGCACGAGGAGAGAUGCAAAGCCCUGCUGCAGCAAUUCGAACCAAGUCUGUCUGUCGCCUGCUCUGGACAGAUCGGUGGGACAGGUCUGCUGACUCGUGAGAAUGCCACAAUUCUCAACGCAGCAAUCCUUGGUUUCGCCCGCAAGACAAUCAUGGGAUUUAGACUUGCCAUGUCCAAACUUGAUCUGUCCUGUCCACUCUAUCUGACACAAAAUGAUGGCACGCUGGCGGACGCUACUUUGGCCGCAGAGCUGCCAAUUAAGACCUUCGCAAGUGGGCCUACAAACAGCUUGAUGGGCGCCGCGUUCCUGCAGAGGCUUGGCCAUGGAGAUCGAAGAUUAGCAGACAAGCAAGUUGUGGUUGUGGAUAUUGGAGGAACCACGACCGAUAUCUGUUCACUCCUACCGUCCGGCUUCCCGCGGCAGGCACCGAACUUUGUCGAGGUAGGCGGUGUACGCACUGCUUUCUCCAUGCCGGAGGUCUUGUCCAUUGGACUUGGAGGUGGAAGUCGUGUCCGGGUAGGAGGCGAUGACGGAGUAGUUUCAGUUGGUCCCGACUCGGUCGCUCAUCGACUUCCAACAGAUGCACUUAUAUUUGGAGGCUCAGUUCUCACCGCCACCGAUGUUGUAGUGGCUUCCGGGGACGCGAGGAUUGGUGACUCUAAGAAGGUUGAGAGCGUCCCAAGGAAGGUUCUCGAAGGGGCGAAAGCAGACAUCAAACGACAGUUGGAGAGAGCCAUUGACAGGAUGAAGGUGUCUUCGGCUCCGGUGUCUGUGCUCUUAGUCGGCGGAGGAUCUGUCAUUCUUACAGAUGAGCUCGAUGGGGUCGAAGAAUGUCUUCGUCCUCCUCAUCAUGACUCGGCGAAUGCGGUUGGAGCGGCCAUUGCGAAGGUUGCAGGCGAGAUUGACAUUAUUGAGAUCCUGGCUGGUCGGGACGAGAAUGCUGCGAUUGAAGCGGCCAAAAAGACCGCAAUUGAUGCAGCCAUUGCCAAUGGGGCAGAUGAGAAAGACGUCAAAAUAGUGGACAUUCAGAAGAUUCCUCUCCAAUAUGUGAACAACAAAGCCACACGCUUCGUCAUAAAAGCGGUCGGUAGUCUGAAAGUGAAAGAUGGGCUCUCGCCGGACAGAAUUCCCCACGGCACGCCAUUCAACGAAGUGGAAGUCGACGAGGACUCGUCACCAGAGGCGGCCAAGGCAGAAGGUCACAACGUGAAGAACGGAAACUUGGCGAAGCCGACACUUGGUGUUGAUGUUGCUUCAUAUCGGCCGGAUGUCAGGGACGGAGUCUGGUACAUCUCUCCUGUUGACGUUGAGUUGAUUGCCUCUGGCGCAGGCGUGCUUGGAACAGGAGGUGGCGGAUCUCCGUACCUAAUGGCACUGUACACCUUGGAUACUCUUCGCAAGGGCGGCGCAGGAAAAAUGCGAGUCGUCACCCUUGAAUCCUUGAAGGACAACGACAUCUGUGUUUUCGGCUCGGGGUAUGGCGCACCCUCGGUGAGCAAUGAGCGGAUCGGCGAUGGUACGGACGUAUUUGCGGCAAUCGACGCUGUCAACACCAUCAUGGGAAUCAAAGACUUUCAAGGUAUUGUGGCAGAUGAGAUCGGAGGGGGAAACGGCUUGGUCACAUUUCCCACCAGUGCUCGGUAUGAUCGGCCAGUCGUUGAUUGCGAUUUGAUGGGUCGCGCCUAUCCAACGCUGGAGCACGGAACACCCUAUGUAUAUGGUCAGCCUGUGUUGCCGUUCGCGACGGCUGACUGUAAAGGCAAUUCGUCUGUUGUGCUAUCCGCGGAAUCGAACAAGCGGGUCGAGGCAUUGAUACGCCAGACAUGCGUUGAAAUGGGCAAUUCAACAGCAGCUGCUGGGCGACCACUCCCUGGCAAUGUGAUCAAGCAGUACGCAGUCCCGAACACCGUCUCCCAGGCCUGGUACCUCGGACGAGCAGUCCAUCUGGCCAGGCAAAUGAAGCUUGACUUCAUCGAAGCAAUCUCCACCAUAACACCCGUCCGACAGCUCUAUACAGGCAAGAUCAUUGACGUGACCCGUGAUGUCUCUCGGGGGUACACAGUCGGCCGCUGCAUCAUCGCACCUCUCUCAACCGAUGAGGAAGUCGAGAUCGGUCCCCCACCGUCAUCUACCUCAAACAAUUCUCAGGCGCGUGAGACACGCUACCUAGCCAUUCCUUUCCAAAACGAAUACUUGUCGGCCGGUUUCAUUUCACCACAGAACUACCAUGCCCACCCAGCAACCUCAGAGGAAGAGGAGAUAAUUUGCACAGUCCCGGAUUUGAUCUCGAUUCUGGGUUCUGACGGCGAAGCCCUUGGUUCACCGGAACUCCGGUAUGGCCUCAAGGUGAGAGUAAUAGGCAUGCCUGCGCACCCAUUGUGGAGUGGCUCCGCAGAAGCGCUGAGAGUCGGUGGGCCAGAGUUCUUUGAGUUGAAAACCGAGUGGAAGCGCGUCGGAGAGUACAGCAAGCCAAGGAGCGUCAUCGAGGAAUUUGAUGUGGCUAGCUCGUGA